AUGAAUUACUUUGUAAUGCUUGGUAAGAGAAGAAAACGUUACAAAAGAGCUCAUCAGGUACGUGGUCCACUUCCCUUAGAACAGCAGAUUGUUGACCAUGUGGACGACGUUGGUCCACAUGAAUAUUAUUUAGUAAAGGAACGCAAACCUCAUUCUACGAGUAUAAAAAGGAGGAAAAAACGGGGCGUUGGUCGCUGCCGUGCUGGUCGUCACCCUGGUGUACGUCGCCGCAUGAUUAUUGAUAUUCAUUUAGAAGUCUUAAACGAAUGUCAAAAAAUGGAUUUGCAUUCGACGAAGGAAGACUUUUUUGAAAUUUUGAAAAAAAAUGUUCCUGAGGAGGAUGUUCCAAGUUCAGAUUCCGGGUUUAGGGAGGAAGACUUUGUUCCUACAGAAGAUAUUCGCAAGGAACAGUUUCCAUGUUCACAUUCCGGAUUUAGGGAGGAUGACUUUGUUGCGGAGGAAAGUCUUCCUAAGGAAACUGUUCCGAGUUCAGAUUCCGCGUUUAGGGAGGAAAACUUUAUUCCUAAGGAAGACUUUGUUCCUAAGGAACAGGUUCCAAGUUCAGGUUCCGGGUUUAGGGUUAAUGCCCCUGAGGAACAUGUUCUUAAGGAAGGUGUUUCUAGGGAAGAUGUUCCAAGUUCAGAUUCCGGGUUUUAG